GAACAGGGGAGGAGGAGAGAAGAGAGGGCAGUGUGAAACCACAGCGAUAUUCCAUGGAGGGCGGGACACUGAGAGAGGCACACACAGGCAGCUACUACAGAAAUAGUGUACAGGACAGUGCAGGGCAAAUAUUUUGUGUAGUGGUGUGUUAUUAUAGAGUGCGUGUGUGUUUUCUCAACAUGGGUUGUCACUUGACUCACACCUGCACAUUAUUCUCUCCGCGACCACAUAAUUAAUGUCAUUCAGGACUGGGCAGGCUCGGCACACUGCACUGACAUAAGGCUCCUUGGAGAUAGAGGAAUGCAAAUCUGCAACCAUGAUGGAAGGAUUGAAAAAACGUACCAGGAAGGCCUUUGGGAUACGGAAGAAAGAGAAGGACAAUGACUCUACGGGGUCCCCAGACAGAGAUGGAGGUGAACCCCAGGAGGUUGAAUCGUCUCAGAAGAAGACGAACGGGGCCCCUAAUGGCUUCUAUGGAGAUAUUGACUGGGACAGAUACAAUUCUCCUGAAGUGGAUGAUGAAGGCUACAGCAUCAGACCUGAUGAGGAGUCAGAAGAGGGAGUAGCUACCACCAAAAAGGCCCACUUCUUCUCCUCUGAUGAGUCUGAAGAAGAGGAGGACCACAGGAAGAAAUUCAAGAUCAAGAUCAAGCCGCUGCCAGCUGAUCGGGUUGUGCCGGUGCCCUCAGUUGAUGAGCUCAAAGCCUCCAUAGGCAGCAUAGCUCUGUCCCCAUCUCCUAUGAGACGUAGCCCGGGUUUGAAAAGGAAUACAUCCAAUGAAGAGAUUGCCAGACCGAGACGUGUUGUCCCUACUGUAUCCACUGUGGCCCCCACACCAGCUCCAGCACCACAACCUCCCAGCAGUCAACAAACGCCAGUCCCCGAAGACACCACAGCCUUAUUUGGGCCUCCUUUGGACACAGCCUUUGGAGAACAGAAAAGUGAAGUGGGUCUAUCUGAGUCUGAUGUGUGGGGGACUCCUCUGUCAGAGCCUGAAUCCUCUUUGACAAGAUCCUUCCCCACAGGAACUCCACCUCCUCUCCCACCCAAGAAUGUCCCAACUUCUCCCCCGACAACUGGCCCUCCCUCUGCAGAUGAUGCUGAAGUGUCAACAGAAGCAGACAGCUCAACCAGGAAGCCCUCAAUAGCUGACUUAGACAACAUUUUUGGACCGGAGCAGUCUGUUCCUCCUGGUGAGGAAGCAGGUGAAACGUGGGUCUGCUUCAGUGAAGAAUCUCCUGACCGGCCACCUCUACCAAAGGACCCUGCGCCUCCUCUUCCCACCUCCCCACCUCCGCCAGAGGAACCGGCUCCUCCGUUACCAGCUUCCCCACCCCCACCUGAAUCUCCAGCCCCACCCUUACCUACGUCCCCACCUCCUCCAGACGACCCAGCACCACCUCUCCCUACAUCCCCUCCCCCAAAAGAAGAUCCCGCCCCCCCUGUACCAACUUCCCCACUUCCCACAGAGGAGCCUGCUGCACCUCCUGUCCGUUCAGGCCCCUCCACACCUGAAGACAGAAAUCCUCUCGUCACUUCUCCACCCCCUGCACCAAAGGAGCUUGCAUCACCUCCCGCUUCCUCCCCUCCUCCCAUUGACUCACCUGCCAGUGUCCCACCAGCCCCUGGCCCUAAUGCAAGCACCCCCCCAGCAGUCAGUCCUCCUACUGAGGAACCCACAGCUCGUUCUGUCCCUCCACCCCUUGUCCUCUCUGAAGAGGAGCAGCCCAAGAAUACAGACACCACCCAACCCAAAGAGGACGGAGGUGAAACUGUCACUUCACCCAAAGAUUCUAGCCAGGGGAGUCGGACUACGCCUCCCCCACCUCCUCCUCCAACAUACCGUGCAGUGGUUUCAUCACCAGGUCCCACAUCAGGAGCUGGUGGCUCAAAUAGCGGCUCCUCCUCACCGGUACGACCUGCUACACCUUCGUCAGUCAACCCCACCCCUCCUCCACCUCCACCUCGUCCCCCGUCACGACCCAAACUUCCUCCAGGGAAACCCACUGCAGGAGAUGCAAAUCGCCCAUUCAGCCCGCCGAUCCACUCGGCCAGCCCUCCUCCCAUCGCCCCAUUGGCGCGGGCUGAGAGCACCUCCUCCAUCUCCUCCACCAACUCCCUGAGUGCCGCCACCACCCCUACUGUCAACAAGGAGCUCUCCGUGUCUGUGUCAGAAGACGAUGCUUAUGUAGACAAACUGCCCACCUUUGGGAGACACUUUGAUUCAUUUGCAGAGAAUGACCAGCCAUCCCUUGUAUGGUUUGACAGAGGGAAGUUUUAUUUAACAUUUGAAGGCUGCUCCCGAGGGCCCAGUCCUCUCACCAUGGGAGCUCAGGACACGCUUCCUGUCGCCGCUGCCUUCACAGAGACAGUCAACGCCUUCUUUAAAGGAGCCGACCCCAACAAGUGUGUUGUGAAGAUCAUAGGUGAGAUGGUUUUGUCGUUUCCGGCGGGCAUCACGCGGCACUUUGCCAAUAACCCAUCCCCUGCCGUCCUAACCUUCAGCAUAACCAACUACAGCCGACUGGAGCAUGUGCUGCCUAACCCCCAGCUGCUCUGCUGCGACACUACCACACAAUGUACGGCCGAUGCCAAGAACUUCUGGGUGAACAUGCCAAACCUGAUAUCCCAUUUAAAGAAGGUGGCAGAGCAAAAGCCACAAGCGACAUACUACAAUGUGGACAUGCUCAAGUAUCAGGUGUCUGUGCAGGGCCCCCAGUCGACUCCUCUGAACCUGGCGGUGAGCUGGAGGUGUGAGCCCACCAGCACUGACCUGAGGAUAGACUACAAAUACAACGGGGAGGCCAUGUCGACGGCGAUGGCUCUGAACAACGUGCAGUUCCUCGUCCCUGUCGAUGGAGGCGUUUCAAAACUACAGGCUGUUUUACCUCCUGCUGCAUGGAAUGCAGAGCAGCAAAGAAUCCUUUGGAAGAUCCCUGAUAUCUCACAGAAAUCUGAGAAUGGAGGUGUAGGAUCGUUGUUAGCACGCUUCCAGCUAACAGAAGGUCCCAGUAAACCAGCUCCACUGGCGGUGCAGUUCACCAGUGAAGGCAGCACCCUGUCAGGCUGUGACAUUGAACUAGCUGGACCAGGGUACCGCUUCUCUCUCGUCAAGAAGAGGUUUGCUGCAGGAAAAUACCUGGCUGACAACUGAGCCAUGCUACUGAGAGCAGCACUGUUGAACAAAACGACUGCAAUGGACUGAGGUCGACACCGAGGACAGAGGACAGACCGACACCAGACAGAACCUCCAGUAACCUUUUCUGAACCCACACGACAGGUCCGCAGCCUACCCAGCAGUAUUGUAUAACCUGCAUAUAGCAUUGUGGAACUGUUUUAGGUCAUGUAAUUAUCGUAUUUGUAUUCAUUUCAUAACAUCUGUAUUGCUGCAGUUAGACACCUGGGUUCUUCUCUCCUCUAAAGUCUGUGCCUCUGUCUCCAUCCUCCUCUGUGUGGUGGUGUUUUUAAAAGUUUCACUGCAGCUGCCUGACCCAAGCCGUGGACGGAAAGAGUAUCGGACAGAUUUAACUCUGGAUGACCUGUCGUAUGUUGUCCUCAGACUAGAGAAUGUGGGCCAUAAAAACAUCCUGGAAUAAGAUCUUUGCGGUCAGACAUGCAGCUCAGCCUCUGACAUGUUCAAAGUUAGAUUAUGUGGAGCUGAAGCAGCACCCGCGACAAUACAUGGCAAGUUCUACACCUUUAUUAGCACAUAAGAAAUCACUGAUCUAUAAGUACUCCUUUUGUCGGGGUCCGGGCUUGAAGCCUGAGACAGCUGUGCUUACUGUUUUGCACUGACGGCGGCCAUCCGUGUGACAAGUAACUGCUUAAGCCGACACACAAACUGUUGUCACAAAGUGUUAAAUCAAAGUUGGUGUUUCUUGUCGGUGCUUGUGUGUGAUCACAUGAAACACAGAAUCAAGUUAGCUACGUUAAACUAGAUUUUUCAAGCAUCACCUACUGGUACUACAGGGUCACAUGACUUUGGAUCGCAUCCUUUUUACUAUGAAUGCACCGAUCAGCCAAUCAAACUGCUAUUUUAUUUCUCUAUACACACACGUGGAGAGGUUUUCAGCAUGUUAGGCAGCUGCAAUGACAAGUCAGUUCACUGGUUGCAAAAUAAGAAAAUGUGUUUUCCCGUCAGAACAAAAGAAGUGUACAAAGUGUCAUUUUAAAUCAAUAAUAUGUAUCUUAAAGGGCGUUUGGUGUUUUCCUCGUAUCGUCAGAUAGCCUUUCUGUUGUUCCCAGGACAGCAGUGUUAGACUCCAGAGUACAUGACAGCAUUCUAUUUUUAUUUAUUGAUGACAAUGAUUUGUUGUAUAAAACAUGUGAUUCUGUAUAUGAAUAGAAUUUGAAUGGUAUCACACAACUCAGAACCCUUAAAGGUAUAAAUAUUUGAAUUCUCUCUCAUUUUUGUUAUCUGUGUAGUUGGGUAACCUGUGUACAGUAUAAGGUAUAAUUUUUGAAUUUAUUUCAGAUAUAAUUUUUUAACUCAAGUGCAACAGAAGAAUUGAGCUAUAUAUGGGUGGGGAGGGCGGGGGGUAAUUUAAUGAAAAAGAUAAAUAUCUUACUGGAUGCUGUGUUAUCCUUUGUGAAAGCGUUAAUGUAGAGUUAGCUAUACCAUGGACAAGGAUCACACUCAAAAGAAUCAGUUUGACAUUUUGGAAGGUGCUCUAGAGAUGUCUGUUAUAUCUGCAUUGAGACGGUUAGCUUAGCAUAAACACUGGGAACCCUGGCUGUGAUUGACACUUGUCAGCACCUCUAAAAAUCUCUGAUUAUACAUUGUGUUUGUUUGAUCUGUACAAGGAUCCGACUGUAUAGAUUAUAUAUAUUCAGAACCUUUGUAUGGAUUGCCAUGAAAUAUUGUACAGACAUUAAUGUCACUGAGAUGAUGAAAUGCAGCCACUUUUAAGUCCCUGUAAUUCUUCUAUCACCACCAGCAGAUCAACAUUUCAAUUGGUCCAUCACUUUGGUUUAACAGGCACUUUUACAACUGGCAAAAUUUCUGUUAACUGCAGCUCUACUAUGUGUUUAGUGCUGAGUAGCUAAUUUAGCAGGCUAACAUGCUAAACAUUGUCAAUAUGAGCACGUUAGCACGAUUUCAUUGUUAGUUACACCUAGAAGAGGCGCUAGCAGCUAGCUGUUGACUCUUACUCCUUGUUCAUUUUUGGAGCAAAGGUAGCUGUUUCCCUCCGAUUCCAGUCUUUAUGCUAAGCUAAGCUAGCUGGCUUCUGGCUUAGCCUCAUAUUUAACAGUGAUAAAAAAAAAAAAAAAAAAAAACACUGAUUCUUGACAAGAUAAUGAAUGUGCGUUUUCCAUAAUGUCAAACUAAUCCUUUAAAUAAGACAAUUACAACAACAAUCAGUUUUUCCUCAGUGAUGAAGUUUGGUGACGACGGUACUGUUAUUGGAACAGGAUUUGCUUACUGGGACCAGCUUGUUUCUUUAAUUCAGACCUCAUUGUGAUAAAACAGAAAGGAAACAUUGAUCCAGCACUCUCAGUUCCUCCAUCUGUACCUCAGCUUUGACUGUGGGUCACCAGUUAAGCUUCUUCCCUGCUUCCAUCCACCUUGCUGGUACCUAAACCCCCUGAUUAUAUCAUGAGCACACCCCCGAUCAUCCAGCCAGCGCUUGAAUCCAUGGCUUUAUUUUGCAUAAUCGUAAUGGUCUCUGUGAGAUGACAUGAUUUGAAUGAGGUUGUGGAGCAAGGUUAAGUUGACCAAAAUGCUUUUUUCUUUUUUUUUUCUUUUUUUUUUUUGUAUUUUGUGUGUGUGUACCCCAGACAGUCAGUCCUCUGUUAAGGACAAUAAGCUGAAUAUUUUUAAAAUCGAUAAAAAUGAAAAAAUAUAUUGUUUAAUGUGAAAAAAAACACUGUGCUGAUGAUGUUGAACUUCCUGAAUGCUCUGACACUCAACAUGAAGAACAAAAAGUGUGUGUGAAGUGUAGCCGAAAAUCUCUGUACUGUACUGUAUGUCGGCACUCUGCUAAAUGUAACCAAUCAUAGUCCUUUCAGAUCUGUAGUACCAGCAUCUUAGGCUGAAUUUAGGACAGGAAGACAGUUAGUCUCACUACAGUACUUGUAAUUGGGCUUAGUUUUUAAAUAUGUGUUGUUCUUUCAAAUCUGGACUGUGCAGGUCAAAUAAACAUCAUGAUUCUUGUCCUGAUUUUUAGUUUUCCAUGUGUAUACCCAGUCUGAGAGAACACUGAUGUUGCAUUUUGUUGAAAUGACGCAGUGAUGGAUGAUUGGUGCCAUUUAGCUCCUGGUUAUACACUUGUUUGGUAAUAUUUUCCUUCAGUCAUGUCGGUCUUUCAUCCAGUUAACAUGAACUGACAGGACUUUGUUACCUUCUGGUUGACUCUUGAAGCUACCAGUGCAACAGUCACUACAGCAUUAUCUACAGAGGCCCGCCAUACACACCCCCAUCUGUUUUAAAUCACCACUACACAAAAUGUUACACGUCUUUCAACUGGAAAGGCAGCACAAAACUCUUUCAGUGUUAGCUGCUAAAAUAUUGUUUUCAGCUUUUAAUUAAAAUGGAUCAAAACUUGUUUUUCCAGAUUUCCAUCUCUGUGGUGAAUUUGUCCUGCAGUAACUCCUUAUUGCAUGCAGCGCAUGCAGUUAAAGGUGGGGCAUCUACGACGAUAGAUAGUACUGAAAUGACUUGUUGUGCUGAGUGUCAGUUACCUUGUAUUAAUGUUGAGGAGAGCAGGGAGUGUGUUUAUGUGUGCUAUAAGCCAGAAUGCUUUUUGGUUCUGUACCGUUAACCUCAAACACAUGUGCAAGCUGUUUGUACAGUACAUAACAAUGCUAAGAUGAACUGAGAAACUUAGUUUGCUUCUUUCCAAAACCAAUAAAAGUUAUAAUUGGA